AGAAUGCAACCAGAGACUGUCUAUGGAACGGCACCUGGUCAAAAUCUAACUACACGAUGUGCAAGGAGAUCAUCGUGCUGUCAACGGACGUGGAAACGCAGACGACGAUCUAUUUCGUGGGAUACACGCUCAGUUUGCCUUAUAAAUUGGGUAUCGAUUCUAAACCUGGGCCCUCAAAGAGAGUAAAAUAUGGAGAUGCUGAUUUUGAAGCUAGUUUACUGAAACGGGCAGAGGAAGUCAAUUCUGGUGGAAGUGAUAUAUAA